AUGGUGACAACUUCUUCAUAUUCCAACGUCAACGUAGGACCAGAAGUGUUCAUCAACUUCCGAGGAGAAGAGCUGCGCGAGAAUUUCGUCUCCCAUCUCUAUAAGGCAUUGCGCCAGAGUGGGAUCAAUGCUUUCAUAGACUCUGAUAUGGUUCCGGGCGAUAAACUCAUAACCCUUUUCAAAACAAUCGAGGAGUCCAAGAUAGCGUUGGCGAUUUUAUCGAGCAAGUACACGGCGUCACAAUGGUGUCUGGAGGAGCUGGUGAAGAUAAUGGAAUGUAGCACAAAUGGGGAAGGAUGCAAAAAUCUAGUGGUCAUUCCAAUCUUCUACAAGCUGUCUACAUCUAUCGUCGAUAAGCUUGAAGGUGAAUUUGGUGUUAACCUAUUGAAUGUGUGGAGGGAACCAGGUGGUGCACGAGAGAGCCGGAUUGUGAAGUGGAAUGCGGCUUUGCAGGAUAUGCUGAGCAGAGCGGCUUUGAUAUAUGACGGAAGCAUUACAGAAAAUAAUAUUAGUGUGAUUUAG